UUAAAAAUUAUAAUAGUUAAAAGUGAACUCAUUUUUAUAUUGUUAAUUAAAUAUUAGAAAUAAUUGUUAUAAUUAUUUAGUGCUAGUAAAAUGUAAUUAAAAGAUGCUUUGUAUUUGAAUUUGUUAUCUUAAUUUAUGGACAAAUAUUAAAUAUAGAUAAUUAAUUUUUUGUAAAAAAAUGUGUAGUAAUGUCGACACUCAAUGUAUCCUUUCUGAUAUGGUUCGAUGGGCAAAUUGUAAACUCCCCCCGUGGAGUAGAAUAUCACGGUGGUUGUCGAGUGGAGAUGCCACUCAGUGAACGAAUGAAUUUCGAUGAAUUGGUUAACAUUUGUAAAAGGGCAGUUUGUAGCGGACCGAACUCUACUAACUCAGAAGUGGAGAUUACACAAAUUUUAUUCAGACUGCCUAAAUUUGUAAGGGGUGAAGUAGAUUCGUACGCACUCUUUUUAGUGCAGGACAAUAACCAUUUAUUUGGAAUACUAACCGAAUCUAUGAGAUGUCCGAAUCUACGAAUUAUGGAGUUCUACGUUGAGUACCGGAUUUUGGGUGGAACUGAAAUUUCGCUGGAUAAUUUGGAGUUAAGCGAUUCGAGCGAGUCAGAGUGGGACAGUGAGUCAGUAAGGAGCAGUGACGAAGAUGAAGACGAACACUUUUAUGAGAGCGACGAAGAUGAUGCAGGUGAAAUCGACGCCGAGUUAGAAAUGGCCAAUUCGGGAGAACAAACUCAUUACCAGUCGCAGCUCCCUGAACACGUUAGUCGUGUAAAUGUUGACGAUUUCGUAGUUGACUUGAAUGAGGGUGAGACCCCGAAUUUUACUUGGCAGCCAGGAAUGGAGUUUCAAACGGGGAUGACCUUCAAAAGUCGCGAUGCUGUUCAGACCUGUGCAACCGCUUAUUCAAUCGCUAUGGGGAAGGAGCACCAGUUUCAUCGGACUACCCCCAAGACAAUCGUGUUUGUUUGCCGACACAACGAAAUCUGCGGAUGGUGGUUGCGAGCAACCAAACUACAGGCAAAUCAUACAUGGACCCUGACAAAAUAUAUAGGGCCACACACGUGCGAUCAUUUUAUGACAGGUCGCGACCAUCGAAACUUUAAGUCUAAUCAAAUCGUAGAAUUUAUCAAGGACCUGGUGUUGGAACAACGCGACAUUCGCAUCAAGACGCUGAUGGCUGGUAUUUGGGAAAGAUUUUCUGUAAUGCCUACCUAUAAAAGAACUUGGUUAGCUAAGGAGAAGGCAAUAUGCAGCGCCUACGGAAACUGGAAGGACUCUUUCGCCGAAGUUUGUAGCUUCAUGGCCAAUGUGAAGGUCACAAAUCCCGGAUCAUUCUGGCAUGCAGAAGGCGAUCCAAUUUACACAAACCACUCGCAAAAUCCCCGAGUGAGAAUGUUUCGCAGAAUGUUUUGGACCUUCUACCCGAUGACAGCUGGAUUUCCUUUUUUGAAACCUGUGCUAUUCGUUGACGGGACUCAUUUGUAUGGAAAAUACACAAUGACCUUGUUGAUCGCAUCGGCGAUAGAUGGAAACAAUCACAUAAUGCCACUUGCCUUUGCACUUGUCGAAUCGGAGAGCGCAGCAAGCUAUGAAUAUUUUUUGAGUCAUCUCCGGGAGCAUGUUAUCAAGGAGAGAAAAGUGGCAAUUAUUUCGGAUCGCGCUGGUGGAAUAAUAGCUGUUUUGAAGCGUCCGGAGUGGGCGGGUGUUUCUCACAUGUUUUGCAUAAGGCAUUUAGCGAGUAAUUUCAAUACUCAUUUCAGAGAUAAGGAUUUGAAAAAACUGGCAGAAAAAGCAGGACGUGCUUACCAGAAAAAAAAAUUCACACGGUAUAUGAAAAUUAUGAAGAUCAAAUCGCCUGAUGGGUAUAAAUAUUUGAUGAAUAAGGAAGUAUUGAAGAAAAAUCAGUGGGCAAGGGCGUAUGACGUCAACGGACAACGUCACAAUGCGAUGACAACAAAUUAUGCUGAGUCUGUUAAUGCGACGCUCAAGAAUAUCAGAGGGCUGCCUAUCACCGCAAUGAUUGAAGCUAUUUUCCGUAAGCUUGUCGAAAAAUACAUUUCCCGUUGGAAUUUUUAUAAGUCAUUGAUCGUCAAGGACAUUGAGUACACGCCAAUCUGCAUCCAAAUAUUGCGAAAAGCAGGAGACAAGUCUCGUACUCAUGUUGUCCAGCCGUAUGACAUGACCACAAUGACGUGUGAAGUGGUGACUAAGAAGAAUAAUCAUAAUCAAGCCGGCGGAAAUGUCCAUACAGUAAACCUCCAUAAAAAAAAAUGCACGUGUGGUAAGUUUCAGCAGCUGAAGGUGCCUUGCUCUCAUGCUAUGGCGGUGUGCUUAAAGGAGAAUUUGAACCCUCAUGACUACAUUGGGUCGCACUAUCGGAACCAAAACGCAAUCCAAGCUUGGAGUCACGUUUUUCAUUCAUUACGUGACCGUGAGCGUUGGAUAAAACCGAACGACCUCCCGUUUGUGCCAAAUCCUGGCUGGGCUAGAAAGAAGGGACGACCAGUAAAUCAACGGUUUAGAAAUGAAAUGGAUCAAACUUAUAGAGAGGACCGUAGCCCAAAUUUUUGUAGUAAAUGUGGAAAUAGGGGCCAUAAUGCCAGAACUUGCACUAAUAGGAUUAGAGAUGCCUAAAAUGAUAAUCUGCCAUGUAAUGUCAUUAUUUUCCUUUCAUGUAAUGUUGUUUUUUUUCCUUCAUGUAAUUUCACGAUUUUCCCU